AUGGAAAAGUACCAGAUUCUGUAUCAGCUGCCUCCUGGUGCUUUGGGGGUGAAUGUGGUGGUGCAGAAUCAGCGCACCCAGGAGAAGCUCCUGAUGAAGCAGGUGCAGUGUAUGGAUGAACAUCAUGCAAGCCAGGCUUUGAAAGAGCUGACACCCCUGCUGAGGCUCCAUCAUGCACAUGUGUCCCUGUACCAGGACCUCUUCAUCGUCUGGAAAAACGAGAUCUCGGCCCUGUUCCUGUGCCUGGUGUCCGACUACAGAGCUGAGACCUUCCAGUCAGUCAUCGACAGACAUCGGGAUGCCAAGGCUGCCAUCAACCCCGAGUGGCUGCAGGAGAUGCUGGGCCAAGUGCUGGACGGGCUGGAGUAUCUGCACCACCAGGGCCUCAUCCACAGGAACCUGAAACCUUCCAACAUUGCCCUGGAGACUGACCACCACUGCCAGCUGCAGGACCUUAGUUCCCAGGCCCUGAUGACCGAGAAGGCUAAGUGGACCAUCCGUGCUGAAGAAGACCCUGUGAACCGCUCCUGGAUGGCCCCUGAAGCACUCGACUUCACCUUCACUGCUAAGUCCGACAUCUGGGCCUUGGGUUGCAUCAUCUUGGACCUAGUCACCUGCUCCUUCCUCGGGAGAGAAGAGGCCCUUGUACUGCGGAAAUCCAUCCAUACGCAGCCCGAAAACCUGCAGGAUGCCCUGACAGCCAUUGAGAAGAGGGGGAUCCCUGAUAUCCAGACCUUCUGCAGCCUCCUGUCUCCCAUGCUGAAAAUUGAUCCCGAGGACCGCAUCAAUCCCCUGUACCCCGCUGAUCUCAUGCACCAGCCCAUCCCCCUACACCCCAACAUGCAUGGCCUGUGCGGUGACCCGUGCACUGUGCAUGGCAGGGAGGUGAUCCGCAUGGCCCUCAUGAGCGGCCGCUUCCGUACGUACAGCCUCGCCAUGCAGGAGCCCUUACAUCCACUCCCCAUCUCCAGCACCGACAUGCUCCUGCAGGGCAAUACAGCCAGUAUUCUUGGGAUGGGAUCCCCAGGGCAGGUCAUCCGAAUGGAUAUUCCAGUCCUGGGCUGUGGAGAGCUGGUAAUCAACUUCCCCAACCAGCCCACGAUCCAGUUUAGGGCCUUGAGGACCUUGUUGACGGUGCCAGAAAAUAAAUUGGGUGUCCCUUGGCCAGCAAUGGUGGUGGAUGUGGUGGCUUCGCUCAUGAAGCAACAUGAGCGUCUCCUGGCUGUGCAGCUCUGCGGCUGCUCUGUGCUGCUGAGGGUGCUGGGCCUCGGUUUGAUGCGAGACCCUGAGGCGCGGCUGCCCUGCAGCAGUUUCCUGUGCUCAGUGCUCAUGAGCCUCCUGGAGCGCCAUGGAGAAGAGCAGCAGUUCCUGAAGCUGCUCCACAGCAUCCUCACCAUCAUGGUGAGCCAGGGGCCCUGUAGGCUAUUGGCCCCAACAGUCGGAACACAUUCAAUGCUCAUUGUGCCUGAUGUCAAGGGAGAGUUGCUGGCAAAGGAGCUACAGGAAGCCGGGCUAUUGCAGCACAUCUUGGUGCAUCUUCACCACUUCUCUAAGAGCAGGGAUCUCUGCCUCAGUAGCCUCAACCUCCUCUGGGUUCUGCUGGCGAACGUGGUCCUGGUGGAGGUGGCAGCUCUGCAGCAGGCCGUGGGCAUCGUGAUGGGGGUGUUGAGAACCUUCCCUGGAGAUGGGGACAUCACUGAGACCAGCUGUGCUGUCCUCUGGCUGCUGGCCCUGCAUGGCUGUGUCAAGGAGCCACAGCUGGAGUCACUGGUGACACUGUUCCUGAAGAGCAUCCGACUGGGCCAGGGCCGGACACUACUGGUGAUGAACGCGUGCCGAGGGCUGGCCUGCCUGGCGAGGGAGUCAGAGCUGGCAGCCCUAAAGGUGCUACAGGAAGGCGGUGGUCUAGCUCUCAUUCGGGACACUUAUGAGCGGAACAAGGAGGACCCGGCGCUGGUGGAGACGCUGUGCCUACUGCUGGGGGAGCUCAUGGCCCACAAGGAGGCAGCCUGGGAACUGGCCCAUAGUGGCCUCGAGAUCCUGGCCCAGGAGAUUAAGGGACGCUUUACCUCCAGCCUGGAGGUGGUGGCCAUGGCAGAGGAAGUGAUCCAGAGACUACGGGAGGUUGAGACCACCCCCCUGGACAGAAACUCCUUUUAA